UAAUCUACAAAUUAUUAGGCUAUUAAUGGGAUAAGGCGAUAUCAGUUACACGACGUACGUCGCCGCUGUCGCUUGUCAUUCUGUGGUUAGUAAAAAUAAAAUGCCAGCGAUUCUAGUGACGGGCGGGGCUGGCUACGUUGGCUCACACACCGUGGUCACGCUGUUGGAGAAGGAGGAUAUUGAUGAAAUCGUCGUGGUGGAUAAUCUAUGCAAUAGUUAUCGACAUGACAGUGACAAGAAACCAGUCGCACUUCGCAGGAUUGAAGAGAUGACAGGAAGAACAUUACAUUUCUACCCGAUAGAUUUAAGUGACGAGAAAGCGCUCGCCAAAGUUUUUGAAAAUCACAAAAUCGAGUGUGUAAUUCACUUCGCAGCGUUGAAAGCGGUCGGCGAAUCUGUGAACAAACCACUCGAAUACUACAAAGCUAAUAUUAGUGGUACUUGUACCUUGAUAGAGGUUAUGCGUAAAUAUAACGUAUAUAAACUGAUAUACAGUUCAUCGUGUACGGUAUAUGGUGAACCGCAGAAGUUGCCCUUGGAUGAGUCUCACCCAACCGGACAAGUUAUAUCCAGUCCGUACGGAAGGACCAAAUAUUUCUGUGAGGAGAUUAUGAAGGAUCUAUGUAAUAGUGAUCAGAAAUGGCAAAUAAUAUCGCUCAGAUAUUUCAAUCCAGUUGGAGCACAUCCCAGUGGUCGGAUUGGUGAAGAUCCCGCGGGUAUACCUAACAAUUUGAUGCCUUUUAUAUCACAGGUUGCUGUGGGUCGUCUAUCCGAAUUGAUGGUGUUUGGUGAUGACUAUCCCACCGUGGAUGGGUCCGGGGUUCGAGAUUAUAUUCAUGUGCAGGAUUUGGCUGUUGGCCAUGUCAAGGCUAUGCAGCUGUUCCAGCAGAAUGGCUUCAGCGGAUUUCGAGCUGUUAAUUUAGGUACCGGAACCGGAUAUUCUGUCCUCCAAAUGAUUUCCGCUUUUGAAGCGGCGUCCGGUCGCAAAAUUCCGUAUAAAAUCGUCAAUCGUCGUGCUGGGGAUAUAGCUGCGAACUACGCGGAUGUCUCGCUCGCACGAAGCCUUUUGGGCUGGAGUGCGACAAAGACAGUAGAUGAUAUGUGUAGGGAUACGUGGAAUUGGCAGAGUCGUAACCCUCAAGGGUAUAAAUGUUAAAUCAAUGCAGACAUAGAGAAUAGACUAGGUCAUAGUGGAUUCUUAGCCCAAGGGGCAGAACAUUAUUUUUAAGUAGAUUCAAAGUACUCGUUUAAAAUAGUAUCGCUUUCUAAACUACUUUUUAUCAAUAUGAAAAAAAUAAGUAAGUAUAAUAAAGUAGAAUUUAUUUAUACCAUUAUCACUACUUAAGGUAGACAUAAUUUUAUUUAAAAUAAUGUUUUGGUUUAAAUUUUGAUUUAAAAAAAGAAUGCUUUAGACAGGAACUACUUUUAAUUUAGUUCACAGAUUAAUUAUUCCCAGCCAGUAAUUUCAUACAAUUUGAUUUGAUUAAAAAAAAACUCACACUAUGCACAUUCCAAAUUCAAAUGAAAUCCUUAUAAAAUAUGCUUUUUAGUCGCUUUAUAGUGCCGUAGCCAACAAGUUCUUUUUGUGUAUAUGUAUUACAAAGUAUAUGUUUCUAUGAACUAUUUACAACGUUGAACGUACGUAUAUUUUUAUUACUUAUUUACCUGAAUACCAUGAAAACAUUGAAUACAAUUAAAUUGUAUUAACGUUGGUAAAGUAAGUGUAUUGUGCACCGUAUGUAACGCAAGUAAAAAUGGUUGACAUUUGACAAACAUUGCCAACAGUGACGACGUCAUCGAGCGUUUUCGCGGGAAAUUUUUUAUUCCAAAAUCUACAAUUACAUCGUUGAAUGUCGACUCAUAUUUUGAAUAUAGAACCCAUCAAACUAAAGUUCUGUUUGUCUUUGCUCAGUUUCUAUAUAGCCCCGUCUCUUUCUUU